CAGCAUCGAAGCCUCACGCGCGCACCACCUACACGCACCCACACAGUGGUGUCUCUGCACGGCCAUCGCACCAUAGUAAAGCCAGCGCGCACAUCUGUAAAUUAGCCGACAUGGUAACCAUCACCGUGACAAGGAAGUCCCAGUCAUUCGUCGCGCCACCGUCCGCGGUGCCGGCGCCGGCCGAGAUGACGCUCGAGCUGUCGGCAAUCGACCGCGUGCCGGGCCUGCGCCACACCGUGCGAUCCCUCCACGUAUUCCGCCACAAGGAUGCCGCUCGCCGGGACGUCGCCAGGCCGGCCGAGGUGAUCCGCGUGGCGUUGUCCCGCGCGCUGGUGGACUAUCGUCCAUUCGCCGGCCGCUUCGUGGGCUCGGUGGUGGCCGGUGAGGCCUGCGUCGAGUGCACCGACGAUGGUGCGUGGUUCGUUGAGGCCGUCGCGAACUGCAGCCUCGAGGACGUGAACGGUCUUGACUACCCGCUCAUGGUCUCCGAGGAUGACCUGCUGCCCGCUCCUGAGGAAGGUGUUGACCCUACCAGCAUUCCGAUCAUGAUGCAGGUGACAGAAUUUGCCUGUGGAGGAUUUGUUGUCGGGCUUGUAGCAGUCCACACACUUGCUGAUGGCCUCGGGGCAGCUCAAUUCAUAAACGCGAUCUCUGAGUAUGCCCGUGAACUAGACAAGCCUACAAUAGCACCCGUAUGGGCUCGGGCCUUGAUACCGAACCCACCUAAGCUGCCUCCUGGGCCACCACCGUCGUUCCAGUCCUUUGGGUUCCAACACUUUGCCACGGAUGUGACCUCUGACCGUAUUGCCCAUGUCAAGGCUGCGUACUUCCAGGCCACUGGCCAGUACUGCUCCUCCUUUGAUGUCGCCAUUGCCAAGGUUUGGCAGGCUAGGACUCGGGCUAUCAAGUACAACCCGGAGAACGAGGUCCAUGUUUGCUUCUUCGCCAACACCCGCCACCUCCUCACACAGGUGCUACCUAGGGACGGAGGUUUCUAUGGUAACUGCUUCUACCCUGUGACUGUGACGGCUACUACCGAGGAUGUUACUGCUGCAGGUUUGCUUGACGUGAUUAGGAUGAUUCGGGAUGGGAAGGCUAGGCUUCCUCAGGAGUUUGCCAAGUGGGCGUCACGGGAUGUGAAGGUGGUGGACCCAUACCAAUUGUCGUUUGAGCACAAUGUGCUAUUUGUCUCUGAUUGGACGAGGCUAGGAUUCUUUGAGGUUGACUAUGGGUGGGGCGCACCAAGCCAUAUCAUACCAUUCACUUAUGCAGAUUACAUGGCAGUGGCUGUUCUUGGGGCUCCACCUGUGCCUAAGAAGGGGACUCGUAUUAUGACGCAGUGUGUGGAGGACAAGCAUCUCAUGGACUUCAAGAAUGAGAUGAAGGCCUUCUUUUAGAUGCCUGUCUUAUAUUGUUAUGGUGCUAAUUUUACGUGUGUGUACGUGGUGGCAUGGAAUAAAAUUGCUAGUGACCACUAGUCUUGUUGGUCAGAAGACAUAUCACGGUUUGCUUUAUUGGGUCCAGUCAGGAGUGAUUCAAAUGUAUGGUGACAUUUUGACUAAGCAAAUGUUUGAUUACUUGGCUAUUGUUCGCUUUGUCGAUGUGUAAUUGUUUGUUCCAGGUAGGAACACCAAUCAAA